AUGGCGGACGAGCGCGACGGUGGUAUUGUGCAGGCCUUUCUGGCCCUUGGCGCCGACUCCAUCCAAUGCUUUCGCAUGUUCUCCAGAGGCUCCAACCCGGGAUGCUACGUGCUGGGCUGGUGGGCCACCUUUGUCGCGAACGAGUACAUCAAGUCCACCGCCGUGCUGAAGAAGUGGUCUAGCGGCAGCUCCUCCUCCGGCACGGUGGACGCUGUAGUUGUGAAUGACGCACUCUGCAAGGAGAUCAUCCGCGACUGCCUGCUGCGGCGAGGGGUGUCGGUGGAGUACUACGAGCGAGAAACGGCCGGCGGGUCGUACGUGUGCCGCCAGCGCGGCUCGCCGGGGAACAUCACGGACUUUGAGGCAUCGCUCUUCGAGUUUGAGGAGGCGGAGAUUCAACUGCUGGCGAGCGGCUCCCUUGUGUUCGGUGCAAGGCAGGACACGGGGACAGCGAUUGGUUUUGCGGCAUUGAAUAACACGCUGCGACAGUUGAGCUUUGCCGAGUACACGGAUACGCUGCAGCUCACUAGCCUGGACGCGCUUGUCGCGCAGACCAACUUGAAGGAGCUUUUGUUGUGUGUGAUGUCAUCGGCUGCUUCCGCUGGCGCCGAAGCCACCUUCAACGACGAUGACCGAAUCACCGCGGUGCGCCGUAUAUGUGAGCGGUGCGGCGUGCAGCUGAGCGUGCGCACGCUGCGCGAGGUUCAGCAGCUGCAGAAGGCGGAAGCCGCUGCGAAAGGCCUCGAGGCACUGGCAGAGAUUCUGCGAGUGCCAGAGGAGCGUCUGUCGCUAGAGCUCUGUCCGAUCGCGCGGCAAGCCGUGGAGAACAUCCUAGGCCGCAUCGAUGUGAUGGACCCGUCGAAUCAGCGCGCCUUCUACCUGCGCCGCACCGUGCCGUCCACGUACAUGAAGCUGGACAGCGCGGCGAUCGAGGCGCUGGACCUGGUGAGCAAGAAGCCGGAGCCGCGCGGCACCCUUCCGACGUCUGUGUUCUCAUGGCUGAACCGCUGUCACACCGGCAUGGGCGCGCGUGCGAUGCGGCAGUGGCUGCUGCAGCCGCUCCGCUGCGCCGACGACAUAAACCAGCGCCUCACCAUGGUGGAACUCUUCGUGGAGAACCCCAUUCUGCGCGACAUGUUCACGGCCCAGGUGCUGAAGCGGUGCGGCGACAUGGAUCGACUUAACCGCAAACUGCAGCGUCGCAGCCUCGCCCUGAAGGACACGCAGGCGUUCCUGGAGUUUGUGAAUGUCGUCCCUGCCGCUCUACAGGUACUGGGUACCUACACAGGUCCGCAGUCGAAGCUCUUGAAAGACGAGUACGUUGCCCCGUUGGAGGAUAUUAACGACCAUAUGGCGAAUCUGAAGACGCUGAUCGAGGCAACAGUGGACUUCAGUGACCGCAAUGCGGUCCGCAUGAACGCCACGUUCGACGACGAGCUUCAGGACCUGCAUGAGCAGCUCACGAGCACUCAGCGGCAGAUCGACAAGGAGUACGGCCGCGUCCUGAGCAAGUACGGGUGGAAUGAGAAGCAGCUCAAGCACGAGUACCACGGCACGUAUGGCUACGUCUUCCGCGUCUCUCGCAAGGAGGAUCGCCAGCUGCGCAGCACAAAGGAGCUUAUCACGGUAAGCACGUCCAAGGACGGCGUACGGUUUGUGUCAGAGAAGAUGGCGGCCCUCAGCGAGCAGUAUCGGCGCAUUAGCGACGACUACGAGACACGGCAGAUGGACCUCAAGCGCAAGCUUGUGGACACCAUCGCCUCCUAUCUGCCCGUGCUCGACGACGCCAAGGAGCUGAUAGCGACCCUGGACGUCUACGUGGCCUGGGCUCUCGUGGUGAAGGAUUGUCCGCGCCCCAUGGUGCGGCCAGUUGUACGCGAGGCCCCUGGCACUGUGACAUUGGUGAAGCAGGAGGGGACAGGCGCACGCAGCGCAGACGCGGCGCCGCUCCUCUCCUUCAAGGGGCUUCGUCAUCCUUUGGUAGAGCUACGCCAGCCGGCCUACAAGGCCAACCCUCUCCACCUCACCACGCAAACCAACGGACUGCUCAUUACCGGACCCAACAUGGGUGGCAAGUCCACGUACAUGCGCAGCGUCGGUGUCGCUGUGGUGCUGGCGCAAGCGGGCUGCUUUGUGCCGGCUGAUGCGGCAGAGGUUCAGGUGCGCGACGCUGUCAUGUGCCGAGUCGGCGCGACCGAUCACCUGGCGCAGGGCGUCUCUACGUUUAUGGUGGAGAUGCUCGAGUCUGCGUCGAUACUCACAGGUGCGACGCAGGACACCCUCGCCAUCGUCGACGAGCUCGGCCGCGGUACGUCUACGUACGACGGCUUCGGGUUGGCGUGGGCGAUUGCCCAGGACGUGGCGGUGCGUGUUCGCGCGACGCUGUUGUUCUCCACCCAUUAUCACGAGCUGACGCAGCUACCGCAGCAGUGUAGCGCUCUGCAGAACAUGCACUUUGGCGCCGAGGUCGACGAGUCGGCCGGAACGCUGCGCUUCUCCUACACCCUCCAGCCAGGCCCGUGCGGACGCAGUUACGGCCUGUACGUCGCGUCGUUGGCGCACCUGCCAGAGUCCGUGAUUGCGUGCGCCAAAGUGAAGGUGGCGGAGUGGGAGACGUUUGAAAAAGAGGGCGCCACGAAGAGCAGUGCUGGAGCGGCGCUCGAGGAGAAGGUGGUGCGGAAGGUUUCGGCGUACGCCAAGCGCAUCCGUGAGCUGGAACAGCAGGGACCCGGCGACGAUCACGACGCGGCAGUAAAGCGGCUAAAGCUAGAGAUCCAGCAGGACGCAGAUGUUCGCCCGUACUUGUGCGAGGUGGCGUAG